UUACACCACGGACAGUACAGUGUUGUGGACAACAUGGUCAACUGGAGUCGGAUCCCACCAAAAUACUUCCAACGGUCAGUUUGGGGAGUUGUGUGGACCGCUGCGGUAGUACAUGGGGUUUCUACAACUGGUGAACACAGCAAGCAAAAAAAGUACGGGAUACUCAUCAUUGGCAAAACCGGAAAUGGAAAAAGUUCCAUUGCAAACGCAAUUCUUGGCCAGCAGAAGUUUGCAGUUGGUAGUACGAUGGCUUCUACCACACUCAAAGUGCAGUCUGAGCAGACGGAGAGAGAUAACUGUCUAUGGACGGUAGUUGAUACUCCAGACCCAGUCAACUCCGAACUGGACACCAAGCAGCUCAAGGAGGAAAUCCAGAAGUGGAAGCAGAUGACUGCCUCUUUCCCAUCCGCCAUUUUGCUGGCCGUGCGGUGUGAUGUUCGUUACACAGCUGAAGAGUACGACAUAUACAAAAAGAUUAAAAAUGCAUGGGCAGAUAAAUCAUUUCUGGAUAAUCUCAUCAUUGUUUUCACAUUUGGGGAUCGACAGGACAAAGACUUAGCCGAGGAGCUGAAGACUGUAUGUCCAGAACUGAAGAACGUCCUGAAAGACUCCAAUAACAACUAUGUCCUCUUCAACAAUAAAGUUUCAAAAGAAGCGAUGGAGGAACAAGUCAAAGAAUUCAUAUCAAGAAUUAAAAAAUCUCUGCCACCUCCAUCUCCACCUUAUACUUUUAUGACGAAAAGUUACUGGUUAUAUAUUUUAGCUUUUCUUGGUAUUGCUGUUGCUUCGAGGAAACAGCCAACCAGAAUAAGACUCAUGCUCUUGUCUACUCCUCCAGCUUUGUUCGUCCUGCUGAAGUGCUAUCGUGAUGCAUAAGAAUUUAUUAUGAAAGUUCCAUAGAAGUGAUUUGUCAGAAUGGAAAACUGUGAUGAUCUAGAAAAAAGUCUGUCCUUGAGGACGCCAAAUGGCUUAUGGCAAACAGUUCAAUCUUUAUAUCAGAUUACAGAAAUGUUUCACAGGUGAGAAAACACUGAUGACACUCUAAAAGGUUUUAAGCUUUGUGUCUUAAGCUGUAAAAUGAUGUUUAGUAAAAUGCAACCGCCGGCGCGUGAGAGAUGCUUGGUGAUAGUACUAGGGUUAUCCGAGACUACGGGCUCACACGCACGCACGCACGCACACACACACACACACACAUACAAAUACAUACACAGAAAUGCACAAACACACACACGGACGCACACACACACACACAAACACUUUAGGGUUCCAUAGAGUUGUAGUUAUGGAUGUGACACAAAGUGACCUAAGCCUCAAACAACCACAGAGCAUCUUUUCCGUUUGAUGACUACGGUUAUUGUAGUUAAUGCAGGGUUAACUGUUGAAGAAAGGAAGGAGCUUCUUAUGAUGGCUGAUAGCAAGAACUACUUGCUGAGCAACUACCCGUAGCUAAUGUGUACCCAGUAUUAGCUCAUAUCACUGUUUGUAAAUCAACUGUUUGAAAUGUUUACAAAAGAUAUCUUUUAUAUUGUCUUUUAAUUUAAUUAGAUUACACAAGUGAAAGGUAUGCAUUUCUAAAUGAAACGAAAAAGUCACCGCCAGUGGGGAAGUAAAAAGACAGAGUGAAUAAUCUUUACACAAGACUAAAUAAAGUUUCUGCAUCUGUCAUCUGCCCAUCUUUUUCCCUUCUAUCCUGCUCUCACCUAAAAUGUUUAAUAUGAUGUUAAUUAAAAUAGUGUGACACAAUAGCUGUGACAGUUUAUAUUCAAGAACAUACAUGUACUGUAAUGACAUUCAUUGCUUGAUGUGAUUCAGCAUAGCUGUUUUGUUUUUGUUUUUUUUUAAUUUUUUUUUAAUUUUUCAACUUUUCUGGUAUUUCAAUGUAAUGGUUUGCUGUGAUUUUUCAAAUUUUCCCCUAUGACUAGGAUUUUUUUUUUCGGUCGUUGGAGAUUUGUUCACUACGUAGGCGCAGGUUUUAUUUUGAUGAUUUUUAUAAACUGUAAAUAAAGUAAGUAAUCUUUCAUAUUUUCUUGU